UAUUUUAGGAUAUCAACAACAAGAAGCCUAUCUUUAAAGAGAAAACGUACAACAAGACACUAAAUGAGUGCACUGAGCCUCGCAAAAAGAUUCUACGUGUAAAGGCAACUGAUGCGGACACAACGGCACAGUUUAACACGGUGACGUACUGGUUGGAAGAAUACAACGAAAUAUUUUACGUAGAUUACAGCACCGGUGAUCUGUUCCUGGUCGGACCUUUGGACUGUGACCCCCCACACAACAUAACCAACUACACAUUUCAAAUUUUUGCAACAGAUGACAUCAAACAUAAAAAUAAAUCUAUUUUCACCACCGUUGAGGUUACUGUUUCCAACUGUAACGAUAAUGCACCCGUCUUUACAGAAGACGUUUACAAAUGUGAAAUCCGGGAAAACGAAACUGGAGAAUUCAACUGUUCAGUGAAAGCAUUUGAUCUUGACGGAGACACACUUGUUUAUGAAAUUGUUCAACCGAGUCAAAACCAGAAUCUUAGGAUAUCGUCUGCAAAUGGGACCUUGUCGGUUGUAAUUCAAUUCAACUUUGAUGCUAUGGAUAAUAAGAAGGUGUUUCUGAAUGUUUCCGCUAGCGACAAGAAUUAUACGAGAUACGUUUCCGUCAUUGUAAAUAUAAUAAACGUCAACGAUGAGGCACCAAAGUUUUCGAAUGAGAUAUACAACUUCAGUAUAGCAGAGAGCAAUAGGACAAAACUGAUUGUUGGUCAGAUAUCAGCAACCGAUAAGGAUGGCGAACUUAAUAAGCUGCAGUACUCUUUGAAAGAUAGCGGUGUGUUUGGUAUUGGCGGCGAUGGAUAUAUAACAACAACAGGUGUACUUGACUAUGAGAGCCACAACAAAUAUAAUUUGACAGCAACUGUUAAUGAUAGCAAACAUGUUGAUACAGCCAAUAUAGUUAUAUAUAUCCUACCAGUGAAUGAGUACCCGCCUGUAUUCACUAAAAACUACACGUGGAAUGUAACUGAGAACACGAAGGAAGUUACACAACAAAUACAAGCAACAGAUAUGGAUAAAGGUGACGGCAAGCCAAUCACUUAUAGAGCACACAUUCCAACGAAAUGGGCAAAAAAUAUUUCGUUCGAUAACGUUUCUGGUAAUCUUACGCUAAAGCAAAUUGACAGAGAGGCUUUAGGAAACAACAGUGUUAUUCGAAUCACAGCCGAAGCAUUAGAUGGCGGAACACCUCAACGUACAGGGCUUACUAUAAUUUCCAUAGUAGUACAAGGUGUAAAUGAUGAAAGCCCAGUAUAUCCGACAGAAGCACGAAAUGUUACUUUACGUUUUAAGGAAGGGAAGAAAUAUCCGAAUAUGUACACUUCAAAGGCUUUUGAUGCUGAUAUUGGAAAGGGAUCAAUUAUAUCCUAUCGCCUCGUGAAAGGGAAUGAAACAUUCAGUAUUGAUGAAGACAGCGGUAUCAUAUCUACAAAUGAUGUACUAUGGAUAAACGAAUCAAACAAAGGGAUUCUCAAGGCUGAAGUAGAAGCAUUCAAUGCUGGUAGUGAUAAGCAAGACACACAAUACAUAACCAUCGUUUUGCAGGAUAUCAACAACAACAAGCCUGUCUUUAAACAAAACCGAUACACGAAGAAAGUAGACGAAUGCUCUGGUCCUGGCACAAAGAUUCUACGAGUAAAUGCCACUGAUGCGGACACAACAGCCCAGUUUAACACGGUGACGUACUGGUUAGAGGAAUACAAGAGAACAUUUUAUGUAGAUUACAGCACCGGUGAUCUAUUCAUGAUCGGACCUUUAGACUGUGACUCCCCACAGAACAUAACCAACUACACUUUUCAAAUUUAUGCUACAGAUGAUGUAAAGAUGGAGAAUAAUUCUAUUUUCACCACCGUUGAGGUUACUGUUUCUAACUGUAACGAUAAUGCACCCGUCUUUACUGAAGAUGUCUACUCUUGCAGUUUGAAGGAAAGUUUGACGCCCAUAGGUCGUUUUAACUGCUGUCUUAAAGUUGCAAAUAUUGAAGACAUCCAAAUACAUAUGUUCCGUUAUAGUGUGAAAGGAGGAGACCCGGACUCUUAG